UUCUUUUAUCCGGGGUUUUCAUUGAAUUUUUGCUUAGAUGCAGAAGCGGACUCUCAAAUUACACAUGGCUGAAGUGUAGAAAAAUAAACAUCAGCGAUAUCAUUUAAAAAGACGUAAUCCGUAGACUGUAACAGCUGCUUUUUAUCAUGACACACUCACGAAAUCAAGUGGAAGAACGUGAUUUUAACGAUCUAUUAGAUGAUAUAGUUUUGAUUGAGGAAAAUUGUGCGGCAGCUGGUUAUCAAGAAGGCUUUUCCAUUGGUUGCAAAAAAGGCAAUGAAGAAGGAUAUCGUUUGGGUUACAAACAAGGCUUAACAUUAGGCAAUGAAUUAGCGGAAAUCUAUGGAAAAAUUGUAGCUUUGCAGCAAGUUCAGCAUACGGAAAGAGUAAGACGUGCCCUGAAUCAGUUACGAGAAGCUAUUAAUAAAUUCCCCAGAGAGAAUCAAAGCGAUGCCGAUAUAAUUGGUUCCUUGGAAAAUAUACGGCUUUUAUACAAAAAACUGUGUGUGAUGUUAUGCACAGUUCAACCUUCUCAACCUUCUGCGAAAUUAAAUUUAAGUGAAACUAACAAUAUAUCCUUUUAAUCAUGACUGUUGCAAAUUUGA